GCCUCGCAUGCAUUCAUAGCACUCAUGGAACAUCCUUCCUUCCCUGUCCGAAAGUAGCGAUGGCAAGUCACCCCGCUGAGAAGGCCUUCAACAAGUCGUGGGCAGGGUACGCGAAAACAUGUGGCGAGCUCUUUUCACUCAUCAAGGACGAGGAGAAGAAUAGAAUACGUCGCUGGGAGGACGAGAAGCCAUCGCUAGAGAGGCUCAUCUCGUCUCUCAACCAGACAUGUGAGAUCCUCAAAAAGGACCGCAAGCGCCUCGCGGCCGAGCUCGCCGCCAAACAGGCCGCCGCCGCCGCCGCCUCGGGCGGCGGCUCCCAGCAUGGCACACCCUCCAAACGCGGCCCCGGCGCCGACGUGAGCGGCCAUGGCGCCUCCGCCGCCGCCGCCGGCCGGGAUCCGGCGGCGCUGCAGCGGCAGUUGGACGAGCUGUCAAGCCGCGUGGCGGCCACUGACAUUGAGAUCCGGCUGGCGGCGGCGGAGCUGGCGGGCUGCGAGCGGGCGGAUGAGCGGGACUACCUGUCCACCAAGUGUGUGGUGCUGCAGGACACUCGGCGCAUCCUGGCGGAGGAGAUGUCCUCCCUGCGCGCCGACCUGUCCCGCAUCGACUCCUCCUCACGGGUGGAGGCAGAGCGCCGCCGGGCCGAGGAGAGCGGCUGGGCCGAGGUGGCUCGGCUGGAGGAGGCGCUGGAGCGCACCACCGCGCGCCUGGACCGGGCCAAGCAGCAGUUGUACUUCCCAGCGGCCAAGGGGUACAGGUUCAGCAGCGGCAACGGCGGCAUCUACCUGGCGGCCCGCGACAUGCACGUCAGUGAGGUCAGCGGCCGCUUCGAGUUCGCCUGCGAACCCGUGGCGCCGCGCCGCCGCAGCCCAGCCGCCGCCGCAGCAGCCGCCGCCGCAGCAGCAGCAGCAGCAGGGGGCCGGCGCCCGGCGGCGGCUGCGGGGGGUGCGGGUGCGGGUGCGGGGGGUGCGGGUGUGUCGGGGGGUGGUGGGGGCGCUCGCAGCGGCGACCCCAGUACGGUGGUGGCUCGGCUGACGGUGGCGCUGGGCGGCGUGUCCAGCAGCACGGCGCUGGCGGACCGCGGCAGCGAGUCCCGGCGUGCGCUGCUGAGCACCCAGUCGAGCCAGUCCGAGUCCACCGGCGGCGGUGCCGGUGGCGGUGGUGGCAGAGGCGGGCUGGGCAGCAGCGGCGGCGGCGGCGGCGGCGGCCUGGGUGCGGGCGCGGUGGCUGAGGCGGAUGCCAGCCGCGGCGGCGGCGACCUGGACCCCGCCGCGCUGUCCGCCUCGGCCGCUUCGGCCGCCGCCGCCGCCGCCGCCGCCCGGCGGACCUCUGGCUCCAUCGGCAGUGCUGCCAGCACGCCCACCCACCACUCCGGCUCCCCCGCCUCCGCACACGCCUCCGGCGCCGCCUCACCGGCCUCUCCACCCCAGCUGCAGGCGCAGCCUGCAGCACCACCACCCCCGGCGCCAGCACCACCGCCACCGCCGGCGCCGGCUGCUACUGCUGCUGCUGCCGCUCCGGCCCUGCCUCCCAACCUGCAGCAGCUGCCGGCGCACAUCCAGCAGCAGUACCUGCAGCAGCAGCAGCGCUACCUGCAGCAACAGCAGCAGAAGCAACAACAACAACAGAUGCAGAUGAUGCUGCAGCAGCAGCAGCAGCAGGCCUAUGGCGGCGGCGGCGGCAUGACGGCGGCCUCGCUGCACGGCCAGGGCGGCGCCGGCUCCAUGCCGCUGCUACAGCCCGCCGCCUCCACACCCACCACCGCCGCCGCCGCCGCCGCCACCCAUCGGCGCGCGCCCAGCCACGACGUCGCAACGGGCAGCCACUUCGCCGGCGGCGCCGCCGCGCUGCCGCCGCGCCCUGGCGGGGUGGGUGGGUAUGGCGGCGGGCCGGCGGCGGCGGCGGCAGCGGCGCCGCCGCCGGCUCGGUCCAAAGCUGAGGGUGUGGCCAACUUCUUGUCGAGUCUGAAGAGCAAGAAGGACAAGCUGAGGAACAUUGUGAGCGGCAUGGGGGCGGACAAGGAGCGGGAGCGGCAGCAGGCGGCGGCGGCGGCCUACUACCACCAGCAGCAACAGCAGCAGCAACAGCAGCAGCAGUUUGACCUUCUGAGCAGCUAUGACACGUUUGGCAGCGGCGGCGGGGUCGACAGCCCGGCCAGCGGCGGCGCCCGGACCAAAUCCUCCCUGAUGAUGGAGAAGCUGCAGGACGGUCUGUCGGAGGGCCGCGGCAAGCUCAGCCGCAUUGGCCGCGCCAUCGCCGCCAAGGCGCCAGAGGCCCUCCGCGACAUACGGACCAAGAUGCGGCCCGGCAGCGGUGGAGGCGGAGGCGGCGGAGGCGGAGGCGGCGCCGGACUGGACGGCGGGUCCCCCACUGCGGCCGGCGGCGCCGCCUACCCGGAGGGCGCCACCGCGCUGGACCAGCUGCUGCUGUCCGAGUCCGACUACUUCGCCGCCGCCACCGCCGCCGGCACCGGCACCGGCACCGGCACCACCGCGCUCUACAACACCACCGCACCCCUCGCCUCCAUACAUUCACAGGGCGGCGCCAGUGUCAGCGGCGGCGGCGGCGGUGGCGGCGGCCGGGAGCCUGAUCUGGCGAGGACCAGUGGUGCUUCCACUGCCUCGACAGCCUCUGCCGCCACCGCCAGUGGUGGCGGCGGCGGGCUAGGCGGGCUGGGGGGCAGUGUGGGCGCGGGCCUAAACAAGCAGACGUCGGGAUCGGUGCGGGGCGGCGGCGGCGGCGGGCUGGCGGGCGCGGGCUCAGGGAUGGAGCUGGAUGCGGCGUCAGCGGCGGCGGCGGCGGCCUCGGCAGCAUCGGCGGCGUCUGUGUCAGCGGACGACGCGGACGCGGACGCGGGCCUGGGCGGCUUCGUGGAGGACUUCCGCGGCCGGCCCAGCCGCAAGGGCGUAUACGUGCAGCUGCUGGGAGAGCGGGUGGAGCUGCUGGGGGAGAGGGGGACCAAGGUUCCCGACAUGUCCAUCCGUGAGAUCAUGCUGGAGGUGGAGGUGGCGGUGACGGCCGUGUUCGAGUACCACUGCAGCGUGGGAGGCAGGACGGCGGCGGCGGCGGCAGGAGGAGGCGGAGGAGCAGGUGGUGGUGGUGGCGGCGGCGGCGGCGCCUGGCUGGCUCCGGAACCUGUGUCGUUCAACAUCCUGCAGCUGGACCACCGCAUGCGCGGCAACACCAUACCGCUGCCCAGGACACUGCUCAAGGGCCUCCUGAGUGCCUACAUGCCGGGUGUGUUGACGCGGCUGCUGGCGGGGCUGCUGCCGGCGGAGCUGGGCGCAUACACGGCGGCCAGCGGGGAGGCGCAGGCCCUGAGCGGCGAGUUCAAGGUGGCCGGCCCCUCCCUGUCCACCACCACCACCUCCAUCGCGCCCCCGCCCAAGCCUCCCUCCGACCCCGCCAAGCGCGCCAAGUGGGCGGCGGUGCAGGCGGCGGCGGGUCGCGCCCGAGCCAUGCUGGGCCUGAGUCCGGCGGCGGCGGCGGCGCUGGCGGAGCUGUUUGGCGGCGGCGGCGGCGGCCGUGCCUCGCUGCUGCCCGACAGCGCCGGCAUCGGGCCCAGCAUCAGCGGGCUGUGCAGGUUCUACGUGACCUACAGUGGCAGUGGGCUGUGGGCGCCGCUGCUGGGGCUGCUGGACCGGGCGCUGCAGGACUCAUUCGAUCACCACGGCGUGCCUCCCGCCCAGCGCUUCCCGCUGCCGGCCUUCCUGGAGGGCGCCGUGGCCCGACUGGUGCGCAAGCCGCUGCGCAUCGCCUUCACCAUCGAGCGCCUGUCGCUGGCGGUGGACUGCGACGCCGCGCUGGGCACGCUGCGAGACUUCUUUGAGCGACUGGCGCGCGAGUUCGAGGCCAAGGGGGCCGGCGGCGGCGGCGGCGGCGGCGGCUCCCCCUCCGGCCCGCCGCGUGAGCCGCUGGAGGUGCAGCUGGAGCUGCUGGACCUGUGGCAUGCGGGUCUGGUGCGGCUGCUGCGGACAUUCAAGACCCGCUUCCGGUCCGCAGGCGCCACGCUGCUGGCCAGUGCGGACCGGCGUGUGUUCCAGUUCGGGGCGGAGAGCCUCACCUACGACGGCCCGCUCAAACUCAAGCUGCCCCUGGACCUGGCCAUGGACGGCGACGGCUCCUUCCUGCUUGACAUCAAACUGCCCGACCGGGAGGAGGCCAGCCACUCCCUCACCAGCCUGCUCACAGAGGUCAUGUACAGCCUCUCCACCACACUGGGCGGCCAGGGGGCGGCAGGAGGGGCGGCGGCGGCGGCGGGAGGAGGGGCGGGAGGAGUGGGGCAGGGGGGCGGCGCCGCGGCUGCCGCCGCGGCGGCGGCCGCUGCCGCGGCCGCUGCGGCCGCCGGCGGCCCGGCCGCCGCUGCCGCGGCGGCGAAUGCCGCGGUGGUGGCGGCGGCGGCUGCCGCCGCCGCGGCGGCGGCGGGCCAGGGGCAGGGGCCGGCCGCCAACACGGCGUUUGCAGCGGUGCAGCAGCAGGCGGCGGCGGCGGUGGCGGCGGCAGCAGGGCCGCCGUCACGCGCGAGCGCCGCUCAGGCGGUUGUGGCGCAUGCGGCCGCGGUGGAGGGUGCGCUCGGCGGCGGCAUCGGCAUUGGCGGCGCCGGCGGCGGCGGCGGCGGCGGCGGCGGCGGGGCCGUGGGUGCUGACGGACUGGUGGUGGCGGGCCCGGCCGGCGGGCCCCUCUUCGAUAUGGGUCAGGAGUGGGCGGCGGCGCUGGAUGAAGGCGGGGGUGUGGAGGCUGGGGCCGGUGCGCCGCUGGCGGCGGCGGCGGUUGGUGGCGGCGGCGGCGGCGCGGUGGCGGCGCCGCUGCUGAGCAACCCGGUGGUUGGACAGCUGUGUGUCAAGAAGCUAGCGCUGAACCUGCGACUCGACGAGGAACGCAUUGCGCAGCUGCUGGGUGGCGGCGGAGACGCCGCCGCCGCUGCCGACACCGCCGCCGCCGCCGCCGGCCCCACCGGCUUCGGCUUCCGGCCGCCGCCCUCCGCUGCUACAGCCUCCGCCGCCGCCGCUGCUACAGCCUCCGCCGACAUUGCAGGGCGGCUUCUGGGCUGCUACGGCGACCUCUUCACAGCCAGCCUGGACACCGGCUUCAGACCGGCGGCUGUAGCAGCGGCGGCGACGGCUGCAGCAGAAGGCGGUGGCGGCGGCGGUGGCGGCGGAGGCGGAGCCGCAAGCGGCGGCGGGGCGGCGCUGGCGGCGGCUGUAGCAGGGGAGGCGCCGAUGCGGCCGUGCGCGAUGCUGACGGUGGCGAGUAACGACAUUACUCGGCUGCGUGUGGAGGUGGAGGGGCUGUGGUUCCAGAGCAGUGUGUCGCCGCGGCUGGCGGUCAGGGUGCUCCAGGCGGUGGUGGUGGCGCUGGUGCUCAAGUUCCACGCCGCCGACUCCUACUCCAUCCGCUUCUGGAACCGCGCCUUCAACCAGCUGCACGAGUACCUGUCCCGCGGGUCGCUGGACGUGGCGGUGUGCCUCAGCGCCCGAGCCACCAUGGACAGACCCACGGACCGCCUGCGGCUGGAGCUGUCCGGACAGGACCUGAACGCGGCGGGGGGCGCGGGAGGAGGAGGCGGGGGAGGAGGAGGGGGAGGGGGGAAUGGGUUGCUGGGGCAGGUGUGUCCGGUGUACCUGCUGAAUGACGUCAACUUGCUCACGGUGCUGGACAGCGUGCGGCUGCUGGCGGAGGGCGCGGGCGCGGCGCCGCCGCCGCAGGAGGCGGACUGAGCGGCGCGCGCAUGCAGGGGCGUGGGGUCGGUGUGGGGAUGAGGGUGGGGGAUGGGAGGGGAAGGGGGUGUGGAAGGGAUAGGUGGGGAUGGGAAGAAGAAUGGAUGGAGGGCGGUUGUAGAAGGGGGAGGAGGCGCGGUGCGGGGAGUGCGGUGGGUGCUUAGGAGGAUUGAGGGGUGGCUGUGCGUGGCAUGGCGUGGCGUGGCGUGGCACGGCGCGGCGUGCAGGCGGGCAAGCCGGUAGGCAGGCAUGGCGGUUGUGACUCGUGCUGACGAGAGCGUAUAUGGGGUGCAACAACUUGCAUGGUGCUGGCAAGGCCUGGGACCGCCCGGCCCGGAACUUGCGAGGCAAUGUCCGGGGGUGAUGGAAGGGGACCGCGGCAGGGGUAGCGGCACGGCGUGGCAGGAUGAACCCAUGGCCCAGACGCAUGAGCCAAGUAAGUUUUUCAACGGCUGACAGCGCAACUUGUUAAUAUUCUCCACACUUGCUGUCUUGUAAAUAGGCCGUCAC